AUGCCUGGAGGUAUACGGCCGCCACCUGAAGUAAUGCUAGCGUGGCCGAAGCCGAAUAUGAUCGACCCCGAGUCGCAUGGGCCGUCCAGUAUCGUGCUCGCGUCUGUCUUUGGCGGUAUUGCGUUGGUUACAGUUGGGGUUCGACUAUGGGCGAGGUGCGUUAUCCAGCGUCGAGGCGGCUGGGAUGACCUCUAUGCUGGAUUGGCCGUGGUCCCCGUUCUAGGACUAGCAGUCGCAUUUGUCCUCAGCUCAGAGGUCUACGGCGCAAACCUUCACACAUGGGACAAUACACUACCCAAGCUUAUCGCGCAACGUCAAGUGGCACUGGCAAUGGAGACACUUUAUGUGGUCGGCUCUGGACUACUGCGCAUCUCCGUUCUCCUCUUCUACCGUCGAAUGGGCUUCCGAUCGGUAUCGCAAGGGUUCAUGCUCACUACGUGGGUCAGCAUAUUUUCCAUCAUCGGAUACAGUAUUGCCUUUCUCGCGGUUAUUUUCGGGUCCUGCCAACCACUCCACGCCUUCUGGGACCAGAUUGAUCCGGCAUGGGCGGCAUCGCAUACAUGGAAGUGCUACAACGAAGCGGUACAUAUCCUCGUCGCGACAUCUGUCGCAUUGAUCCAAGAUGUGGUUGUGACAACGCUCCCGGCAAUCUUGUGCUGGAACCUGCGCAUCUCGUUCCGUGAGAAGAUCGCAUUGGGCUCAAUAUUCGUUGUGGGAUACUUGACCGCCGUCAUUGCGGGAAUAAGAUUCUACUUCGUUGUACGAUUGUAUUAUUUCUCCUACGAUGCGUCCUGGGAUAGUUGGUAUUGCUGGAUGCUGGGUAUGAUGGAAUUGCUUAUUGCGAUUACAUGUUCGAGUUUGCCAGCGGCUCGGGUCUUUUUCAACCAGUAUAAGUCUUACGUCGAUUUCGUCGGCACUGCAAGAGGCAUCAAGUCGGUUUUCAGCAGAAGUACAUCUCGAAAGUCUAUCUCGGCGGAACGGUCGAGGAGAGCCUCGUCAAGCACUGUCAAGCUGACCGAGCCGGUCCAUUCUAAAAAUUCCACUACGUUUACGGAUGAAGGCCCCGAGAUAGAGCUGGACAGGGUGCAGAAGGUGCUUGUAUAA